AUGGAAGCGCCUAGACAGGGCCCGAACCCGCUCAGACCGUAUUAUAUUCCCCCUUCCAUAGGCGAGACCGUCGCACCAGCCGCCAAUGCCACCGCCAGCGCGUCCAAGGCACCCGCGUCCUCUUCGAGCUUUACCUUCCCAGAUAUCGACUACUCGGAGUACAUACCAGAUGGUUCGCCGUCAGUGACAGGGUCUCUGAAGAGCUUAUUGGACCAAGCAGUAUGGAAAUACACAAGCGUGUUAAUGGCACAGCCAUUCGAAGUGGCCAAAGUCAUCCUACAAGUCCGGGUUGCGCAGGAGAGCGAUCUAGAUGAGCCGUCGAGAUCACGACAAUCGUCGACAUCGGGUGCCCACUUUCAUGAGGCAGAGCUUGAAGACUCUUCCGAUGAAGAGCCCAAUUUCUUUACCAAUAAUUCCCAAUUUGGCCCGUCAACGCCAUCGCCACCUCGUGGACGGCGAGGCAGGCCUCCACCCACACGGACAACGAGUCAAAGAUCUACGGGCCCAUCGAAAACAUCCGGCAGCUUGGAGCUGAGAAAUUCACAUUCUCUUCUGGACGCGUUGUCGUCUCUGUCGUCAAACAGUGGCGCCCUUUCAAUAUGGAGGGCCACCAACACCACCUUCAUACAUACCAUCCUCUCGAGGACGCUCGAGACCUUCUUCCGAAGCUUCCUUGCCGCUUUGUUUGGUGUUGCCGAGCAAGACGUCCUGAUCGCUUCGUCUUCAUCGAUACCGGAUUCUUCGGUGCUCUCAUCAAUUGCGCCUACCGCCACCGUCCUCAUUGCUACAGCUGCUGCCUCCCUCUCUGCCCUUGUCCUCGCACCCGUCGAUGCUGCUAGGACGCGACUCAUUCUCACUCCCUCAACAGACGAGCCACGAACAUUGCUUGGGACGCUCCGAACGCUAUCUCCGUCUUAUUUGAUCCCAGCCCAUCUUAUCCCCAUCACAGUCCUGACUUCGAGCAUCCCAACAUUCCUCUCGAAUGUUACACCCUUCUUCCUGCGCUCGUAUCUGGGCUUAGACCCUGCGAUGAACUCCGCAUCAUGGUCCGUUGCGACCUUCGCCUCCUCGGCGUUGGAUCUCUCAAUCAAAUUCCCACUCGAAACAGUCCUACGUCGUGCUCAGAUUGUCACAUGGACUGCUCCAUCCGUCUCUCCACCUCGAUCAGCAUCGAAGCACAAGGCUGUCAAUACCGUCGUGCCUGUCCCGCAGUCAUAUCGUGGUGUAUUGCCAACAAUGUGGGGCAUUGUGCGCGAUGAGGGCUAUUCUGAGAGCCAGAAGGACAAGACGGCUGCCUUGAUGGGGAAAGCACCACGGAGAAAGAGGAAGGGUCAAGGUGUCCAGGGUCUUUAUCGAGGCUGGCGAGUCGGACUCUGGGGCCUCGUGGGCAUAUGGGGCACCGGUUUUGUCGGAGGUCUGCAAGGAAGUGUAGAAGCUGGAGCUGGUGUCAAUGCACAUGCAGGCAAAUUUUGA